CCACUCAAGAUAUCUAUGCCCCCUCUCAUUCAUUUCUCUUACAAGGAAAGGCUUCUUGUCAACCACCUCAUAAAACCACACACGCACACGCAAGAGAGAGUAGGAGAGCAACAUAGGACUAGCUAGUGCAUGUAGUUAUUAGAGGGUCAGCUUGGAUAGCUCUGAAGUUAAGUUGCAGGGUUUGUGGCUUUCCUGGCUAGGGUUCCAAGCAGAAUAAAGAUAGAGAAAAGAGAGUUUUGUUCGAGAGAAUGGAAUGGUGUAUAGGAUUUUGGAUUUUGGUUGGUACCUUUGUUGGAUGGUGGUGGUACAGUAAAGAGAAGAGCAGCAGCAGCAGCAACAGCGACAUGAAAAUGGAACAAAAGAGUGGAGUGCUUCCAAAGGGAAGCUUUGGCUGGCCUCUGAUAGGAGAAACUCUUGACUUCAUUGCUGCUGGCUACACUUCUCAACCUGUUAGUUUCAUGGAGAAACGCAGAUCACUGUACGGGAAGGUGUUCAAAACGCACAUCCUGGGGACACCCAUCAUAGUAUCCACGGAUCCAGCGGUGAACAAAGUUGUCUUACAAAACCAUGGCAACAUUUUUAUUCCUGCUUAUCCUAAAUCAAUCAGGGAAAUAUUUGGAGAAUAUUCUAUACUUCAAACCAAUGGAACACUACAGAAGAAGGUCCAUGCACUUAUUGGUGGGUUCUUGAGGUCACCACAGUUCAAAACUAGAAUUACCAAAGACAUUGAGCACCAUGUCAAACUCACCUUGACUUCUUGGAAGGACUUGCCCCUUCUACUCAUCCAAGAAGAAACCCAAAAGUUCACGUUCAAAGUCUUGGUUAAAGCAUUGCUAAGUCUUGAUCCAAGUGAUGAUUUGGAUUUUCUCAAGAGAGAAUUCGAUGAAUUCAUCAAAGGGUUGAUAUGUCUGCCGAUCAAAUUACCAGGAACAAGAUUAUACAAAUCCUUAAAGGCUAAAGAGAGAAUAUUCAAGCUAGUAAAAAAGAUUGUAGAGCAAAGAAAACUGGGCGUGGAGAAAUCAGAAGAUCAAGAACAUCAUAAUGCAAUCCCUAAGGAUGCAGUGGACGUGCUUUUACGUGACACUUAUGGUGAACAAAAUGACAAUCAAUCUCUAUCGUUGGAUUUCGUCAUUUCACAUAUUAUUGAGCUGAUGAUCCCUGGAGAAGAAACCGUGCCCAUGUCCAUGACCUUAGCUGUCAAAUUCCUCAGUGACUGCCCUGCCGCUCUAGAGCUAUUGACGGAGGAGAACAUGAAAUUGAAGAGGCAGAAGACUGAUUCUGGUGAUGAUUAUUGUUGGACUGAUUACUUGUCCUUGCAAUUUACUCAGAAUGUGAUAAAUGAAACUCUUAGAGUAGCAAACAUAAUCAAUGCAGUUUGGAGGAAAGCUCUCAAGGAUGUAGAGAUCAAAGGAAUUCUGAUUCCGGAAGGAUGGUGUGUCCUGACAUCUUUCAGUUCUGUACAUAUGGAUGAAGAAAAUUAUGAAAACCCAUAUGAGUUUGAUCCAUGGAGAUGGGAGAAAACAGGAGCUUCUGUUAAGAACAAUUGCUUUACACCUUUUGGAGGUGGACAAAGGCUAUGCCCUGGUCUAGAACUAUCCAGGCUUGAAAUCUCCAUCUUCCUUCACCAUCUUGUCACCACUUACAGAUGGAUUGCUGAAAAGGAUAACAUUAUCUACUUUCCAACAGUGAAGUUAAAGAAAAAGCUGCCUAUCAGAGUCACCUCCAUUGGCAACUCUUCAUGAUCAAAUUAUCAACUGAAACCACCACGGGUUAGCCAAUCUAGGAAGUUAUAUAUAGAUAAUAUCGCAACUUGUGGAUAAAUAUAGCCAGACAGAUCCAUGUGUGGGUGUGGGUUUCUGUGGGGCGGAGAUGCCAUUGAAUCUCUACACAUACAGCCAUAAGAGGCAUAAUAAAAUGGCUAGGGACUCCCCUUAUAUGGUGUUAGUUCUUGUGUCACUAUCAAUUUUAUCACAGUAGAUGGGGUCUGUACCCUUUUGUCGGGCCUU